AUGACCGUCAAAGCUGACGACGACCACAGUCCAACACAUGGUGCAUCAUCCGAGAAACCAUUCGAGAAUCGUUUCCUCUUUCUUGAGGAGACCCUUCAAGAGGUGGCUCAGAACGAGACUAAGCUCCCGGACUUGUUAGAUGAGAAGCCCUUGAGGAAGCUUGCUGACCCUGCUACUUUGGUUACCACUCUCCUUGGCUUUGGUCGUUUUACGCUCUAUACACAGGUUAAAGGUCUAUCUCUACUAUGCCCAGAUGGCAAACAGGUGUUCACUCUUGGUCGUUUUAUAUCCCGUUGGGAUCUGUCUCGGUUGACAAAGCCUGACGAGUGGACUGAAGGAAAAUGGUUGAAGAUCAGAUCUUGCUCUUCCUUGGCUCACCUGCUGGCUCCUAUGACCCUUAUGCUCCUUGCUUAUGUUGCUCCCCCCAACAUAGGUCUGGUUGUUCAAGAACAUUGUAUGAACAACAGGAAAGCACUUACGGCCUGGACGAACAUCCCCAUCUCGGACGACAAAGGUACCCCAAAUGAUCAAGAGAGAACUGCAAAAGCUCUCAGGUCUUGGUUGGAGUCUUGCUCUGAGGUUCUAGAGGCUGUGCAGACUGAGAUCUCUGCUCCAUUCAGGGAUAUUCAUCCCGCAACGACAUUGCGCAAGUGGUGCACGAUACUGCCCAAGACUGGUCAAACGUGGAGUGAGUUCCUCUCGCAUGAGCAAGCCCUCCACUCACAGCUUGAACCUGCGAUAGCAUGGACAGUCAGGAGGGACAAACUGAUAAAGUGUCUCACCGAUUGCUAUGCCUACUUCAGAGAGAGUGAAGUGACUCGUGAACAACAUCUCCCCAAGCUCCGAUCCUCCCGCGAGUUAAAAACCUUCCAAGACAAACUGAAAUCCAUAGCCGAGUGCCAUGCUCCACUCACCGUGGACGAUGUUUUGGGAGCUGCACUGGAGCCUCUGUGGAGCAGGAGACCUAAUGCGAGCAAACUGAAGAGUCGUGAGGAGACGUCUACUCCUAAACCUACCUCUGGUCCUGUUGUUGACAAGAACGCUCCAAGCCAAAAACAAGACAGGGAUGCCAAAGCAAAAGACCAAUCCAUCAAGCCCAAGUCCAAAGGCUGUCAUAACUGUGGUGACCUCAAGCACUGGAAGAGAGACUGUCCCUUGUUGAAGUCCAAGCCCGUGGAGGUCAAGACCGAAUCUCCGAUAUCUGAGAGCAAGGUUGAUGACGCCAAGCGAACCCGCAAUGGACAAACCUACAUAUUGGGUGAUGGUAAUGGUCUGACUUGUGGUGAUGUGAAAGUACUCCUCGGGGAGAGCUCUAGCUCAGAGAGCAAAACCCUGAAAGCAGGCCUCGAUACAUGCUCUAGUAUCAAUCUGGUGUCUUCCUCUGUCCUACCGAAUUUCCGCUUCAAACUUAUCGACCUUCACGAUGGUUUCUCUGUUGACUCCGUCGGCGGGCAAGUAACCUUGAAGCGCAUGGCAGAAAUUCGACUCCUGGCACAAGGAAACGUGAUUAAGGCUGACUUCUACAUCGUUGAUGCGCAUCUCCUACCGGUCAACUUCGAUCUCCUCAUCGGCCAGAAAACUCUUCAUGACCUUGGGUAUCGACUCGUAAAUGUUGAUGAGAACAAGGACGACUCGGACCAAACAUGGGUUGACUAUCUUGCUCACCAAGGAGAACUACUUGCAGCCCAUGAGGAUCUUGAAGGAAUCAUCAGGUCUGAGCCUACCACCGGUCCAACAGCAGAAUCCUUGAAAAAACUCACUUCGCCUACCCCAGUGGUCAAACCUCGUCUACAGGACUCCAUGGAGACCAUGGUUGCAAGAGGCGUGGCUUUCAUGUUGGACGAGCUCGAAACUUGGCGGCCAGUUCGGGGGAACUGUCAUUAUCGGUGCAGGGCACGUGCCCUCUUGCCUGACCAACAACCUGAAGAGGAUUGCCCGUCACAAACUCACGUGUUUGAGUUUGACUGGCUGGACCCACCCGAUGCUGUCGUUCAAACCAAGCAUUCGAAGAAUCGCGAUUUCUCUCAAGGUCUCCUACGACGCCUGAAAGAAGGAUCCCGACAAAGCUUCGACACCGAGAUCAACCGCUAUCUGGCUCGGGGCUGGUGGGCUCCUCAACAAGAUGUAGAGUCUCCCAGUUCUAUAGGGGAGUACAUCACGGUAUUCCCAGUUGAGCAACCGGCUCAUGUUGGUCAUCCAGUCCGUCCCUGUGCGGACUGUAGGCUGAGGAACCUCUCUCUCCCUCAUGCCUCCUACCACGGCUUCUCUAUGGGAGAAUGCGCCACGGUGCUCAUGGCCUUUUCUCCAAGGCACCUAAAAUUUAAAGAUAUAUCGAAGGCCUUUUAUAGGUUACACCUACCUCCAUGGAGAGAGGUCCCCCUCCAGACCGGGGGAAGGAAGUACCGGUCUCGGAGGGUGGUAUUCGGGCUUCGGUUCGGGCCCUUGGCCCUUGAAAGCUUCACCACUUAUCUCAUACGGGCAGUCAUCAAGGCCUUGACCAACGAAUCUCCUCCCAUCCUUGCACCUGAAGAACUGUGCUGUUAUGUCGAAGGACUGCUAUUGGUUGCCUACUAUGAUGAUUUCACUCUCGCAAGUCACCAUAAACAACUCGUCGAUGUUGUUGAUGAGCUGCUCGACGAGAUUGGUGGCAGGUUCGGCAUGGUUUUCCCCUCCGACAAAUCAGCGGACAUUGGGACAGUCCCCGACAAGCACCUUGGUCUCAAUUGGUGGUACGACGAGGGCCAACUCUCAGUCUCUUGUCCGUCUAUACCUGACGAACUCUGGAACUCCGAAAUCAACAAGCUCUUCUCGGACCCGACGAAGCUUACCAAGCGUUCUCUUUUCCGAGUUUGUGGUCUCGUUCUCGACCCCUUGGGAUUCCAUCCCGAACGUGAGCUCAUCCUUAACCAACUGAGGUCUUGGGCUGGCUCAUACGGUCAUGCGAUCGACCUCCCAACCUGGGAUAAAACUAUCCCAACAUCUGAAGGUGACCGUGCGAUACUCAAACAACUUCUUGAUCAGAUACGCUCAUUAUCCAACCCAUGUCGCCAUACCUCAUGGGGACAAGUUGAUACUCUGUAUGCACAAGCGGACGCCUCUGAUGUUGGCUUUGGGUGGACGAUCAAGACCGAUAACGAUGCUCUGGUUGGCGAGAAGACCCGUACCUUUCCCACGACCUUGAGAUGGCACUGCAAUAGGAGGGAGAUGUUCGCCAUCGUAGACCUCUUGAAGAAGAUCGUUCGCUUGGUGGAGUUGGGCCUGAAAGUGAAGAACGUCAGUCUCAGCUCCGACAAUGGCUCUGCUGUCGCGUGGUGCAACAGCAACAUCUCGAAGGUCAAAGGUUUCGACAAGCUAGCACUUGGACGACUCCUCAACCAGUACCACGAAGCCCAAGAGAUCUUACAAGUCCGUGGUAUCAAUUUGAUUACUUCUCACGUCAAGGGGACAGAGAAUCAACGAGCCGACUCACUCUCUCGCUUCCCUUCGACCGUGAUCUUCCCCACUCCGGUGGCCGACGCCGAGAAGAGCCCUGGUGUUUUCCUUAUCGAUCGAUCAUCGCCAACUGACACGGUGGACACUCAGGACGAUUCAACUUGCAGCCUACCUACCUCUGGUUUCAAGAAUAAAUGUCGAGCCGUCCUAGGAGAAGACGACACCAAGUGGCGAGGUCUAGAGUUACGAAGGCUGAUCUUACCUGUGGAUCAACAAACUCAGAAGGAGCGCACGAAUAACAAGUACUUCCAUGCUUACGAAGGCAACCUGUACUUCAGGGACAUCGAGCAAGUGGACCGCCUAUAUAUCCCGAGUGAGAAGGGGCCUUGGAGUGGUAGACUCCGAACCGUCUUCAUGGCUCUGGCACAUCGUCAUCACUAUCCAGCUACCUCUAUGCUCUCGCGACUCCGCGCUCUGGUGUGGUGGCCAAGCCUGAAGAAAGACGUUCGUGCCUUCGUCGCUCAAUGUUUCGUCUGUAGACGUGAGUCUCUACGUAUUCUACCUCUGGGUGGUCGCCAAUCCCAUCGCAUCGGUGAAAGGUUCUCGACGCUCAUGAUUGACUUCGCUGGACCAUUCCAUGGCGUCACCGUCGAUGCUCCUGGUGGACCUUGGACUUCUCCCAGCAUUCUCCUUCUUCUCGACCCGUUUUCUGGUUGGCUGGAGUUGAAGCUAUGCAAGGACCAAACUUCUCGAUCUACAAUAGAAGGCGUUCUAUCAUGGGCACUGCGGUAUGGUCUACCCGUACGACUACACUCAGAUCAAGGUAAAGCCUUCGUCUCGGAAAUAAGUACAGCCCUCUGGAAAUCCUUCGGUGUGACUCACACCACAGGAGCAGGAUACCACCCUGAAGCACAAGGAGCGGUAGAGAACGCUGUGAAGUUCCUCAAGAGUGGCAUACGCAAACUUACCGCCCACGUCCCAGUCAGUAUGGUAUUCGAGGGACUGGAAUGGAUCUCUCGAGUUCACAAUACUUCUCCUCGGUACGACGAAGAUAUAACGCCUGAGAUGGUGGUGUAUGGAGCACGAACUAAAGACUGCCUGGACGUCUUACUGGAAGACUUCACUGAUCAGACAUCGUCGACUAUCGACUCGGACUUCUUUAAGGCCCUCACUGACAAAGUCCAGACCAUACAUCGCCGGUGGAAGAAUAUCCUCGCCGAGAAAAGGGUUACAAACAUGAUUGGCGAUGUUCGGGAAGACCCCGUCGGCGCGGGCGAUACCACCUUCCGCGUGAUCGUUGAUGGCCUCCACAAACGACGUGUCCUUGGUCCCUACACAGUGAGCAACAUCAACGACGAGGGAACAAUGGCGACAAUCAAGAAAGCAGGACAGAGAGCGGAAGACGAGAAGAGCGUACCGAUCUGGCAACUCUUCAAGGCUCCAUCACUGGACGUGGUCAGAAGUUAUGGCGACUUGGAUCUUCCUUCGGCUCAAGGGUUACGUUCAUCACCUCCUUCGACUGGUAAACUGGUAGGCUUCAGAACCUAUGGAGAAGACGAUACUACCUACAUUGAUCUAGGCAAGGUCGUAGAGGAGGAUGGCGAUAUUCUCACCAUCCAGCGCUACUUCCUCGACGACAAGGACCGUUGGCAUGAUAAGAAUGCUGAUCAUGAAAGAGUCGAAGUUGAGGUCAAGAGAGCCGAUAUCUGUCUUACUGGUGAUGAAGUGAAGCUCGACAAGCAAGGUCGUGCAACGAGAAGCUUGCGUCGACUACUUGCUGCAGCUGGAGUAGACAACUAG